AUGGUCACAGUUCCGCUUCUCCAACAGCGUGCGACUGUGUCUUCGUUUAUUGCGCGGGGCUUCUCCUCACCGCCGCUUACUUUCGCUCGAGAGAGCUUGCGUGGAAUGCAACUUGCGGUUCGCAUCGGUCGCGAAACGAAACCGCGCCCUCUGGCUGAUGAAACGAAGGGGUCCUCUCCGAUAUCGGAGACAGAGCUUGCCACGUCAGCACGUGCGCCAAGCCGGAUGCGAUAG